AUGACCGCAGCCUCGGGUGUCACCGUAGACACCUCCGAUUCUCCUAUACCCUCCCCGCCGAACGCCACCAAUUCGUCCCACCACGAGCCCCAAUCGACAAAGGGCAACUCCCCCACAAUCCAGAACGAAAAAGAGACUGAGGGCUCAGCGCCCCAACCGGUAGCACCCGAAGCUACUGCAGGGUCUGCCAAACAAGAUCUCCCUGCAUCAGAUGAAUUAGAUGAUUUUGGCCUUCCCAUUCGAGCACACCAACCCGACCCCACACCCAGCGAUUCCCCCGAAGGAGAGAAUGCUAGCCAAGACAUCCAGAAUGCGGCAGUGAGCUCGACGGGCUAUGAUGAUGAUGUGAAGAAGGCGAAGGAGCCAGAGUUGUCACAGGACAAGCUGGAAUCGGGGGCCCCUGAGCCAGCCAAUCCGAAUAAUACAGAAGAGCGAGGCAAAAACGCAGAGCAUCAGGACAAUUCUGCUGCACCUCCAGAGUACUCGCAGGCCUCUAGUGCUCUUGCUCAGCCUCGCAGCUCAACUUCAAAGCAGAGAACCGCCCAGGUGUCAGAAUGGUCGCACCAGCGCCUCGCCCAACCUGAUGCACAUCAUCCCGAGAGUGAGGAGUCAGAUGCAGAGCCCGACGAAUGGAAAUCGAUGCCUGCACUUGGUGAAUUCGACUACUAUGACGACUAUGGAAGACUCAUUGCUCGUGGCGCCAAGGAAGAAGACGACGAGGCCGUGUACCAAGGAUUAGGAGGAGCAGGGAGGGGUUAUACUCGCGUGCAGCUCGACGAAGAUGCCCAGUCUGCCACAAGUCUAGAUGAAGAUACAAGCUAUCUGUUCCGAGAGACAGGCGGCAAUUCUGCUGGCCUAGUUGGCGAAGAGCUGCGAGAUUCUAUCAGCCAGCUCCAGGCCACUAAAGACCUUCUCAACGAGACUCAAAAGAUCGCGUAUGUGGGGGUUGUCAGGUUGGCAAUCCAUAAUAUGAACCACGAUCUAGCGUCGAUCGCCACAACCAAAUCCACGCGCAAAACCAUGCAGAAAGCCUCGGAUGCUAUGCGAAAGUGGGGCCAGGCGAUCAUGGGGCGAAUCUAUGCUCAUAUGGAUAUCAAUUCUGCUGAGCAGAUUAUGAUUGAGCAGCUCGCGGAACAUGGAGUGCAACCAGAAGAUCUGACCCCCCCACCGCCAUACGAGGCCCAUGAGACCGAGGAGCCCCCGGAGGUCAAGAUGCCUUCUGAGAUGCCGACCUCUGAUCGCAUAGAUAUCGAUCUCCGCUGGACUGUCCUAUGCGACCUGUUUCUUGUGCUCAUCGCAAAUUCAGCGUACGACGCUCGGUCGCGAACUCUUUUGGAGAGGGUCGGCGCAGCUUUGGAUGUAACGUGGCUACAGAUCUCACGGUUCGAAAAGCGAGUCACAGACUCACUCGAAAUGCAAGAACAGGCCGAGAAAGAGAAUUGGGAUGAGUCAGACCACAUGGAAAAGCGCCGCAAGAUGGCCUUGAAGCGGAAAUAUAUGAUUAUGGGCUUAGCGACGGUCGGCGGCGGACUGGUCAUCGGCCUUUCUGCUGGCCUGUUAGCACCUGUCAUCGGGGCUGGUAUUGCGGCUGGUUUUACUACGGUGGGUAUCUCUGGGACUAGUGCAUUCCUGGGAGGAGCCGGCGGCACGGCUUUGAUCGCUUCUAGUGCUACUCUAGGUGGAAGCACCAUUGGAAUGAGAGCUUCGCACCGACGUACGGGUGCAGUUCAAACGUUUGAGUAUCGACCCCUUCAUAAUAACAAGAAGGUCAACUUGAUCGUGACGGUUUCUGGCUGGAUGACUGGCAAGGUUGACGAUGUCCGUCUACCUUUCAGUACUGUUGAUCCGAUUAUGGGCGAUAUCUAUUCCGUGCUAUGGGAGCCUGAGAUGCUUCGAAGCAUGGGUGACACUAUCAAUAUUCUGGCAACGGAGGCAUUAACACAGGGUCUGCAACAAGUACUAGGUAACACCGUUCUGAUGGCACUGAUGGCAUCCUUGCAACUACCACUUGUCCUCACUAAACUCGCAUACUUAAUUGACAAUCCCUGGAUUGUUUCGUUGGCACGCGCCAACUCAGCCGGCCUCGUUAUGGCCGAUUCCUUGCGAGAACGAAAUCUUGGCAACCGGCCUAUCACAUUGCUUGGUUUCUCCCUCGGCGCGCGUGUGAUCUUUUCUUGUUUGAAAGAGCUGGCCGAAAAGGGCGCCCACGGGUUAAUUCAGAAUGUAUACUUAUUUGGCUCUCCCGUCGUGGCGAACAAAGACGAAUACCUGAAGGCUCGCAGUGUUGUGUCUGGGCGGUUCGUGAACGGUUAUGCCACAAAUGAUUGGAUCCUGGGCUAUCUCUUCCGGGCAACAAGUGGCGGCAUCAUGAGAGUCGCCGGCCUCGCAGCUGUGGAAGGUAUACCGGGCAUUGAGAACUUUGAUAUCACCUCGCUUGUGAAUGGUCAUAUGGAUUACCGUACGGCUAUGCCUCGAAUUCUGAGGGAAGUUGGUUGGGAGGUUCUCGAGGAUGAGUUUGCCGAAAUCGAGGAUCCAGACCCAGAUAACCACGCCGAGCGACAGCGCGAGUUGAUUCGGGAGAUUGAUGAAGCUCGCCGGGAAGCGGAGGCGAAGCCAGAGAAGAAGCGCUUUGGUCUGUUCAAGCGAGGCAAGAUGGCCGAAAAGAAGAAAUGGGAAACUUAUGAUGUCGAUAAAAACACCGCUCCUCGCAAUUCAAGCGAGCCCGAGAGCAGCCCUGGCACUGUCCUCUUCGACAUCGAGGCCAUUCGAGCCGAGUUGCACUCCGAGGCGAUCGAGGUCAAGGAAUUGGAAACCACCACCCGCCCAGCCCUCUCCCCCUACCUCCAAGAGGUCCAAGACGCCCGAACUUCCAGCUGUUUCUCGGACUUCUUCGCUGCCCCGCAAGCAUCGGGGCAGUAUUCUCCUCACGGGCCCAAUGAAUUCUCUUCUGUGCCAAAGCACGAAGACUUGGAAAUGACGUUUGACACAUCAUUCCAUGAACCCCCACGAUCCAAGAACGAUGACCUUUACUCUCGUCCAGAGUUGAGAACUGCCUCUACAAUGCCGACACUUGGUACCAGCACCCUCGGAGCCAUGGCCAUGGAGCCCAAUGCCUGGGCAGACCAUGAUGAGGGACAUCGGGAUGGCGAGAUAUCGAUGACGUUCGAAUAG